AUGAAUGUAACUUUGUCCGACAAUGCUAUGCAAAAACUGACUGGUACAACAUCGGACAAGAACAUACAAGAAAACGAGCACAAUAAUAGAAAAAAAUUACCACCUAGCAUUACUAAGUACAAAAUUUUUUCUAAAAAAAUGGCUGUUCAAAUGAUGAAAACCUCUACCACAAAUAACAUUCGGUUUGUUGUCACUGAUGUCGAAAGAAUUACUACCUCCCAAUCUGUAGCACUAACGACACCAGCUACACAAAUUAAAGUCACCUCCAACAUCAGUGAUGUGUAUCUUACAUCAUCAUCAAAUCCACUUAAGUCAAAGGUUGCAAGAACCCUCACAUUUGAAGAUUCAGGCAAGACAUAG